CCGCCUCCCAGUCCCCGCAGGCGGCCUAGAGUCGAGUGGUGCUGGCUAGCAGAGCUUAAAACCAGGGACGGCCACCCCCUUUCCUCCUCCCCGCCCCCCUGCCAUUGGCUCCAGGGAAAGGUUGACAUCAAAGCCGUGGCCUUAUAUAAGCCAGACCCUGAAGGGGAGGCCGCAGAAGGGUUAAAUAGGUCUCCCAGCAUCGGCGUCCUAGCCCGCGAGAGGCCAGCGGGCUGUGCGCCUCUCUUCAGCCUUGCCCCAGACUCUCCCAAAGCCGGCGUCCAGCAGAGCGCCGCCCCAGAGCCCACGGGUGGCCCCGGCAGUCUCUGGGGCGCAUGGGGCGGCGCUAAUCGGGCUGGCGGCGCAGGCCAGAGGCCGCUCCAACAUGAACCUCGUCGGCAGCUACGCACACCACCACCACCAUCACCAUCAUCACCACCCACACCCAACGCACCCCAUGCUCCACGAACCCUUCCUCUUCGGCUCGGCCUCGCGCUGUCACCAGGAGCGGCCCUACUUCCAGAGCUGGCUGCUGAGCCCCGCUGACGCUGCCCCAGACUUCCCCGCCGGCGGGCCACCGCCCACAGCCGCGGCGGCCCCCGCAGCCUACGGUCCCGACGCCAGGCCGGGCCAGAGCCCCGGGCGGCUGGAGACGCUCGGAGGCCGCCUGGGCCGGCGGAAAGGCUCAGGACCCAAGAAGGAGCGGAGGCGCACAGAGAGCAUUAACAGCGCGUUCGCAGAGCUGCGCGAGUGCAUCCCCAACGUGCCAGCGGACACCAAGCUCUCCAAGAUCAAGACUCUGCGCCUGGCCACCAGCUACAUCGCCUAUCUGAUGGACGUGCUGGCCAAGGACGCACAGGCCGGCGACCCUGAAGCCUUCAAGGCCGAACUCAAGAAGGCGGAUGGCGGCCGCGAGAGCAAGCGGAAAAGGGAGCUGCAGCAACAUGAAGGCUUUCCUCCUGCCCUGGGCCCAGGCGAGAAGAGGAUUAAAGGGCGCACAGGCUGGCCGCAGCAAGUCUGGGCGCUGGAGUUAAACCAGUGAGCUGAGGCCGCGCCGAGGACCCCGCCACGGCUGCCCGACCCCGCAACCCCGGGAGGAGAGGAAGGCGGCGGCGGCGAGGGCCAGGCUCUGGGUGCCAGGGGCUUAUAGGGGCGCAUCCCGCAGAGCCUCUGCUGCGUGCUGGCAGGUCGCCGGCUGC